AUGAUAAAAUGCCAAUUAUUAAAACUUCAGUACCCCAGGCGAGUAGAGCGAAACGCUCAGAAUCUCGUACUGAUUCUAUAUCAGUCUGCCCCGCGGAUUCUGGGGGGGGGCAAAAAGUUGGCAGCAGGAAAAGCAUCAUCAAAAGUUUGGAAACUAUACCUAGCAACAUACAAUGUAAGAUCAUUACUCUCAGAAGAACGAUUAAUUGAACUAGAGUGCGAAUUAGAACAAAUCAAUUGGGAUGUCGUCGGUCUUAGUGAAGUUAGAAGACGGGGAGAACAGCUCUGCAGACUAAAAUCCGGUCACACUUUCUAUCAUGCUGGAAAUGAGGACUCUUCGAUUGGGGGCACUGGUUUUCUGAUUCACAAACGUCAUAAUUCAGGCAUCGUGUCCAUCAAGACGAUAUCUCCCAGAGUAAUUUAUGUGAUACUCAGAUUGAACAAGCGAUACAAUAUGAAGUUUAUUCAAGUAUACGCACCAACUACAAAACAGACCGAUGAAGAAAUGGACCUCUUCUAUGACGACGUAAGUAAGGCUUGGGAGGACCAGAGAACCCACUUUACAUUCCUAUGUGGGGAUUUCAAUGCAAAGGUUGGAUUGAAGUCUAACAACUCUGAGACUGCUCUUGGAGGUUUCGGUUCAGAGGGCAGGAAUGAUCGUGGCGAGAUGCUGCUUGGAUUCCUCUUACAGAACAACUUAUUCCUCAUGAACAGUUUUUUCUAUAAAAAACUUAAUCGAAGAUGGACCUGGAAGAGUCCAGACGGUCGAACAAAAAACGAGAUCGACUACAUAAUAACUGAUAACAAAAACACGGUCAAAGACGUAUCAGUAUUGAAUAAGUUUUUUACAGGUAGUGAUCAUCGUAUAGUGAGAGCGAAAAUCGUACUUAAUCUAAAGAAAGAGCGCAGAAACAUGAUAACUAAAUCAGAAAGAAAUCCUUGGCGCCCUCCGACCGAUAUAGAUGGUUUUCAAGGGAACAUAAGUAACCUUUUAGAAGAUUCAGAGAGGGAAGAAAACAUCGAGGAAUUGAACGACGCAAUAGUCAAAGCAUUAUCUGCGAGCCAAGAAAAGUAUUGCCCGAAGACACAAAAAGAAGAAAAAAUCAGUGCAUCAACUGGACUGUUAAUGAAAGAGAGAAGAUUCAAAGGAAGCCAGAAAACGACCACCGACGAAGAGAUAAAAGCGAUGAACAAACAAAUAUCCAAAGCCAUUAUAAAAGACAUCAGAAGAUACAAAAAGGAAAAGAUUGAGGAGACUAUAGAGAACAACAAAAGCAUGAAGGUGCUGCGAAGAAAACUGAGGAAUGGAAAGGGAGAAAUGAAUAAGCUAAGAAACAAACAAGGGAAUAUUACAACAAAUAGAAACGAGAUACUGAAGACUGUGGAGGAAUUUUAUCAGAUACUAUAUGAAAGCCGUCAAGAGGUAGAUGAGGAAUACGAGGCAGAUUUCUUAACUUCUAAAAAAGGUGUUGUCAAUCAAGGAUCAGAAGAAAUACCAGAUAUCACCAUGGGAGAGAUAGAACUGGCCUUGAAGAAGGCAAAAAACAACAGAUCACCAGGUGAAGACAAUAUAGUGGCGGAUGCAAUCAAAAUAGGUGGCCAGAGGUUACUUGAAAAAUUAAAAGACCUGUUUAACCUCUGCCUGUUCAGUUGCUCGAUUCCCAAGAAAUGA